AAAUUUGUCCAAAUCGAAUCUAAAGACGAAAAGAUACGAGAGAAAAGAUUCUCCCUUUAUUAAUUCCGCAUCAUGUGUCCAACCGCGGGCGUGAAAAAUAAUGGGAAAACGGUUGGUGCUGGCCCGGCUCGAUAAGCGCCCGUCCCAACGCAAAACCGCGAUAAAUAAAUCGAAAAGCGCAUCGGCUCGUGAAAGCCGUGGAGGGGCCCGGCCUCCCCUUCUUCCUCUUCUUCUCUUUCUUCUUCCGAAAAACCAGCUUCUGCGCAAGGAUGGCGCGGAUGGAUAGCUAUAAAAGCGGGAUCGGGACUGGCACGGUUUCCAGUCACGUACACAACCCUGUUUCCCGUAUCGAAACUGGACGGCUGGAAAGUCAAUCCAUUCUUCUCAAACAAAAAAAAAGAAACAAAAAAAAGAAAGAAAAGAAGGAAGAAAGAAGAGAUCUACACUCGCGGAUUCUCUGGCUCGCGAUGUGAGAGGAGAGUGGAAAGAGCAGUUGAGGGGGGAGGACGAGGGAUGUACUAUGUCCUUCGAGAAGGGAUCGAGCAGUGAUCGUUACACCGAGGAACAUGAUGACGGUGGAGAACGGAGGAAGAUCGAGGGUGAUCCUCGUCGCCGUCGUUUAUCUCAGCCUUUUUCUUGACAACGUGUUGCUCACCGUCGUUGUGCCUAUAAUACCCGACUACCUUUGCACCCUGGAUGGAAAUUCGACGGGGGACGGUGACGAGAACGGUCGAGUGGGUUUGUUAUUAAGCUCGAAGGCGUUGGUCCAAUUAAUAUUAAAUCCUGCCGUGGGCACGUUUACCGACACCCUCGGUUACGCAAAGCCGUUGCUCCUUGGAAAUCUGAGCCUUUUAUUGGCUGCAACGCUGUUCGCUUUCGGCCAAACUUACGAAGUACUGUUCCUGGCACGAAGCGUCCAAGGCAUUUCCUCCGCUUGCAUCGGCGUUUCCGGUAUGUCGCUGGUCGCCUCCCAAUACCCUGAAGAGGACAAGAGGUCGAGGAUCAUGGGCUUCGUCCUUGGAAGCAUAGCGCUCGGGGUACUCGUCGGAUAUCCGAUUGGCUCAGUCCUCUACGACCUCGAGGGGAAAAUGGCCCCCUUCCUCCUCGUCUCCUGCUUCAUCCUUCUCACCAUAUGUGUGCAGGUUUUCACUCUCAACGUAGAAACGAGUACAGCCGAGCCCACAGAUCGAGAAACGUCUUGGACCCAUCUGUUAUCCGACCCUCACAUAUUAAUCAUCUUCGGGGCGAUAUGGUGCUCGACGUCACCAAUGGCCAUCCUGGAACCCUGUCUACCGAUCUGGCUACGAACUCACAUAAAGCCCAAGAAAUGGCAACUGGGGACGGUGUUCAUCCCGGACAGCGUGGGAUACCUCGUCGGGACGAAUUUCUUCGGCGUGAUAGCUUAUCGCUACGGGCGUAGCAAAAUCGCCAUUCUGGCCAUGCUGUUGGUCGGGGUCAGCUCCAUUUUGAUACCGUCCUCCCGCACGAUGUCGCAACUGAUAGUCCCGCAUCUGGGGAUGGGUUUGGGUAUCGGGGUGGCGGACGCAGCUCUGGUCCCCCUGUUGGCCAGCCUCGUCGAUCAAAAUGGCAAUUACGGGCCCGUGUACUCGAUUCAACAAGUGGCAGUCAGCCUUGCCUAUUCUCUCGGGCCCAUAGCGGGUGGCGAAAUGGCGAAGACGAUCGGUUUCCAAUGGGUGAUGCGAGUCGUCGGUUUAAUGAACGUCGGUUAUUGCCCGUUGCUCGUGUAUCUGACGCUCGAGAGGAGGAAAUUGUUGAGCGGGGAGGAUGAGAAGAGGGAUUACGAGACGUUCCAGAAAUCGGCGGCGAAGUACGAGCGGUUCAGGGAUUCCGACGAUGAUCUCUGAUCAUUUCUCUAAUUAUUAUACAUAGAGAGAUUGUAUCCUCUAUUUUAUAUAAUUCCAAAUAAAUCGAUUACGAUUUAUUAAUUGGUCGAAUUUUAGAUUCGAAUGAAACAAUGGUUGAAAACUUUUGUCAAUAAACGUCGAAUUCCUGUAUAUGUAUAUAUGUGUUUGUUCAUAUCUUUUUUUUUUUUCAUAAUAUAAAAUUUA